AUGGCGAUGAUGAUGACUGGCCGUGUGCUGCUGGUGUGUGCCCUCUGCGUGCUGUGGUGCGGUGCUGCGGUGGAGGCGGAGGGUGAUGGUUCUGGUGGAAGUGCUGAACUUUUGCCGAAAUCACAAGAGCCUGAAAAGUCUCCAGAAGACACGCAAGACUUUGGACAUGAAGCAGGAGGUCUUAAAGAAGAAUUAACUCCCACAUCUGCGGAUGAAGAUGAUGAAGACGAUGAUGAUGGUGAAGGGGCGGAAGAUGAAGAAGAAAAACAAAUAGAAGGGCCGAGUGGUGAAAAAGGAAAUGCUGCACCAGACCCAGUUUCCGGGGAAAAGAAAUUAAUCGGCACCGAGCAGCAAACACGGCAAUCAAUUGUAUCUGCAGAGAACACUCCUCUUUCUGGCAAUCGGGAAUCAAAUGCCAUUCUUACGCAAACGAAGAUUGAAGGAACGAAGGACUCCGACAAAAAUCCACCUGCGGUAGAGAAUCCACUCACAACAGUUAACAGGGAGCAAACACUGCAUGCGGAAGGAAAUCUUCCACCACCUCAAGAAGGUGAUGAUUCCCGCGAACACGAUGGCAAAGACACCACGAAUGAAGAUAAAAAAAAUGUUCAGCCGCCUGAGACUGCAGCCACACCAACAAGCCACCGAGACAAAGGCUCAGAAGGGACUGGGGACGAUACAAAAGCAACGACAGUAACCGCCAACACAACUGAUACGACGAAGACACAAAACAGCGACAGCAGCACCGCGGUCUCCCACACCACCUCCCCUCUUUUGCUUCUUCUUGUUUUUGCGUGUGCUGCGGCUGCUGCUGCUGUGGUGGCCGCGUGA